GUCUGCUUUCACUGUGUCUACCUACCUAUCCAUUGAGUGCAAACUAAGCAAGAUGCGGUGGCUUCUCACCUCGUCCGUACUCUUAGUGCCGGCUACAGCCCUGGUUCGACCUGAUGGCGUGGGCCGCACUCCUGCCCUUGGCUGGAACUCAUGGAACGCAUACAGCUGCGACAUUGACGCCGACAAGAUCGUGACUGCUGCUAAUGAGGUGGUCAAUUUGGGGUUGAAGGACUUGGGAUAUGAGUAUAUCAACAUCGAUGACUGCUGGUCCGUCAAAUCCGGCCGCAACAGCACCACCAAACGCAUCAUCCCCGACCCCGACAAAUUCCCCAACGGCAUCUCCGGCGUCGCUGACCAAGUGCACGCCCUGGGACUGAAACUGGGAAUCUACAGCAGCGCCGGCCUCACCACCUGCGCCGGCUACCCAGCCAGUCUAGGCUACGAAGAAAUCGACGCGCAAUCAUUCGCUGAAUGGGGUGUUGACUACCUCAAAUACGACAACUGCGGCGUCCCCACCAACCUCACAGACCAAUACACCUACUGCGUCCCCGACAGCACCGACGGGUCCAACUUCCCCAACGGCACCUGCGUGGACCUCACCGACGCUGCGCCCACAGGAUACGACUGGGCCACCUCCACCACAGCGAAACGGUACCAACGCAUGCGCGAUGCCCUACUCAGCGUCAAUAGAACGAUUCUCUACUCACUGUGUGAUUGGGGCCAAGCGGAUGUGAACGCCUGGGGGAAUGAAACGGGGAAUAGCUGGCGCAUGUCGGGAGAUAUUACCGCAACAUGGUCCCGCAUCGCCGAAAUCGCCAACGAAAACAGCUUUUACAUGAACUACGCCAACUUCUGGGGCUAUCCGGACCCGGACAUGCUGGAGGUGGGGAAUGGGAAUUUGACUCUCGCGGAGAAUAGAGCGCAUUUUGCUCUUUGGGCCAUGAUGAAGGCGCCGUUGAUUAUUGGGACGCCGUUGGAUUCCAUCGACACCUCCCACCUCACCAUCCUCCUCAACAAACCCCUGCUUACCUUCCACCAAGACGCCGUGAUCGGGCGCCCCGCGUACCCGUAUAAAUGGGGAUAUAACCCCGAUUGGACGUUUGAUGCGGAGCAUCCGGCGGAGUAUUGGUCUGGGCCGACGUCUUCUGGGGAGGUGUUUGUGUUGAUGUUGAAUUCGGAGGACGGGGUGAAGACUCGUACGGCGGUUUGGGGGGAGGUGCCUGAGUUAAAGAGUAAGAAUUCGAAGGGGAAGAAAGGUAAAGGGUUUAAGGUGACGGAUGCGUGGACGGGUAAGGAUUUGGGUUGUGUGAGGGAUAAGUAUGAGGUCAAGUUGCAGGCGCAUGAUGUCGCGGUUUUGGUGGUUGGGGAGGAAUGUUAGUUCAAUCUUUCUUCUUAUUCUCUCUCUCUAUUUGAGGGUUGGGUUGGGUGAUGGGGAUGAUGGGUACUAUUUAUAUAGUAUUGUGGGAGCGUGGGGAUGUGG